GGAAAGACCUGUGAAAUCAGUUUCUUAACAUGAGAAUCUUUCUAUGCCUUUGCUUACAUUAUAUAACUUGCAAUGUAUUUCAUGGAUAAAGUAUUUUUAAUCACUAAUUUCUAAUACAAAUUCCUACUGUUCUAAAAUGAACUUUGAUUUGUACUGACCCUGUUUUCAGUUGGAAGAAAUAAUUGGGUGAGAUUUCUCCUGAGUCUGCACAAUCUUUAAUGAGCAGCAGAUCUGCCAACGAGAAAUUCAGGGUGAACCCAGCUGGAGCAGCAAAUUUAUGUCCCUGUCAAGUUGGAAAAAACUUCUAUUAUGGUUCAGCCUUUCUUGUCAUUCCUGCUUUGAUCCUUCUGAUUGCUGGCUAUGCUCUGAGAAACCAAAUGUGGACGAUUACCAGUGAAUACUGUUGCAGCUGUGUCCCCCGCCGCCGGAACAUCAGUCCCUUGGAGCGCAGCCUGGCUUGCCUUAGGAUAUUCAGCAUCACAGGGAGGGCGCUUGUUGCACCAUUAACAUGGCUGGCGGUGACCCUGCUGAAAGGCAAUUACUAUGAGUGUGCAGCAAGUGAAUUUGCAUCUGUGGACCAUUACCCGGAGUUUCAAAAUGUCACUGCCAGCAAACGAGAAGAGAUCCUAGCUGGCUUUCCAUGUGACAGGUCAACUCCUUCUAAUGUGAUCCUAGUAAGAGAUGAAGUAGCUCUUCAGCACAGGUACCAGUCGCAAAUGCUGGGCUGGAUUUUGAUCACCUUGGCAACCAUUGCUACCGUGGUCUCCUGCUGUCUGGCAAGGUGCUGCUCUCCCCUCACCUCUCUGCAGCUUUACUACUGGACCAACCACCUCCAUAAUGAGAGAGAGCUUUUUGAACAAGCCGCAAAGGAGCACUCCAGUCUUCUCAUUGGGCAGCGCAUAAAGAAACUAUUUGGCUUCUGUCCUGGGAGUGAAGAUGUCAGACACAUUCGUAUUCCUUCAUGUCAGGACUGGAGAGAUAUUUCAGCACCUGGUCUUCUAUGCAUGGGUGACACCUCACAGGGGCACUAUAGCUUUCUUGGAGACAGGGUGGUUGAGGAUAAUGAAGACAAACCAGAAGGCAUUGAAUUAAAACCUUGAUAAUAGCAUCUUUAACAAUUCAAGUUAUUUAACAGAUAUUUGACUUUAUGAUGAUGGAGUUUCAAUGCAAUCUCUUCAUCAUUUUCUUUCUCCAUUUAAUAUUUGUUGGUAGAAGUUCAUCCAAAAAUACUAUUUCAGAAAUCAGUUUGACAAUUGUGUCCAUCUCUCCCUUUUUAAAAUUCAUUGAUGGUUUGGUAAUGCCUACAGUGUCAUAUUGAUCUAAUAAAAAUAUGAAAUUUUAAGUCACAUCAAAAUUUGCCUCUUUUUUCCAUUAUUUGCUAUUUGUGAAAAUUUAUAUUUCUGAGUGGCAUU